UUCCACUCAAACUUCAAGUUCAAGUUCAACUUCAACUUCAAGUUCCAUUUUGUCCACUUUCCCAAGGUCACUGCUCUUCUCCUGCUCUUCAAAUUGUCUCAGAGCAUCCUCCUUUUGAAUCUGUUGAUCAGUGUUACAGCGCUCCAUUGUGCCCAACAUUCCAACAUCUACAGAAUUUGCAGCGAUGCAACAUGGCGCGACCGGGUUGCAGAAGCUACUCGUUGCUUCUUUGCUCACCCUUUUCACCUGCUCUCAGGGUCUCCUUAUGGAGGGCUCCAAAGUAAACGGGCGAUACCCAUAUCAAACGGCGGUGGUGCCCUUCCUGUCUGAGGUGCUGAAGCUGGGAAUCUCAGCAGUUCUUCUCCAGUGGCAGCUGAGGAGGAAUCCAAGGGGAACAAAGAUAACGAGAGGCUGGGGCACCGCUAUCCUGUUUCCCAUCCCGUCUGUAAUAUAUCUUAUUCAUAACAAUGUACAGUUCUACACUAUGUCGUAUGUGGACGCGGCAACCUACCAGAUCCUGGGUAACCUGAAGAUCGUAUCUACGGGCCUCUUGUCGUGGCUCUUCCUGCGGAAGCACCUAAGCAUGGUCCAAUGGCAUGCAUUGGUCCUGCUCAUGUGCGGCGCAGCUACCAGCCAGAUCCAGGGGUGCGGAGAAGGGUGCAACUCGAACGGGCUCGCAGCUCCUGUACAGGGGUACAUGUUGGGCAUUCUGAGCGCCUGCCUGUCCGCUGUGGCUGGCGUAUACACGGAGUUCAUCAUGAAGAAGAACGACGACAACUUAUACUGGCAGAACAUCCAGCUGUACACCUGGGGCUCCAUAUUUAACGCCGCAGCUCUGACGCUGCAAGACUUCAAGUCUGGGUUUCGAGAGGGGAUCUGGAUAUUCUCCCUAUUCAGGGGUUUUACCGCUGCUACCUAUCUCCUCGUGUUGAACUUUGGGUGUGCGGGCCUCUUUAUCUCGUGGAUCAUGAAGUUCGGGGAUAACAUAGUCAAAGUAUACGCGACCUCUAGUGCAAUGUUGUUGACGACUCUGAUCAGCGCUUGGCUCUUUGAGCUGCAACCAACGCUGCAGCUUUUACUAGGUAUAGUGGUGGCAGCAAUUUCCUUACAGUUGUACUUCUUACCGCCAGAGAAUGUUGGUCAUAGUCCAAGCCAACGGGCCGGACUAACAAGUAGAAGUUCGUCGAAAAGCCUGGAUAUGAGACACCUUGAAAAGGCUGACAAGGAGCUAGCUUGAGUUGCACUGUACACGUACUGUCUUCUUUUAGUAGCAAGAGUCGGUUUACGAAAGCCUGCACCAGUGGUCUACUCGGUGCCCGCGCAUCAUAAUCUUUGCCAGGCGCCAGGGCGCAGCGGCCUGGCUGUGCUGCACGGCCGCCAAGCUCCAAUUACAAUUCAUGCACAGCUCGAAGUUGCUGCAGAGGCUCCAGUGAUAAGUUGCAGAUCGGACUUAAGAGCUAUAUUUUUUACAUUUAGUUUAAGUUGCCGAGGGA